ACAGGGGGGUCAUGUUUAAGGCCAUUUUUAUUAGGACGAUACUAGAGUUUACCUUUUAUUUGAUCGGAUGAUUUGAUUAACUUUAUUGUUUUAUUAUUAAAAUGCAAGUGAACGGCUCAUCACGGAGGUUCUUGGUGGUUUAGAACCCGGGAACUCGUUUGAUUUGGCCUGCAUCUUAAUUCCGUUUCCCAACCGUUGUUUCCGGAUUCUCUUUUUGUUCAUAGCAGAACAGAAGGACGCUCUCGGACCCAGAAGAUGGCAGUAAACGCGCGUUUGACCCAGCUCCCUUAAAUCCCCGUGAAGAAGACCUCUGCCCGCCCCGCAGGAAGCAUGGCGCAGGGUUGCGAGUCGAUUUGUUCUCUUGCGCUGCGGGACCGGCGGGUAACGGCGGCGUGAAGCGGGACUCGAGCCGACUCACGGCGGCGGAGUGACUGUUCGGACACUCGUCGGGUGGUGGCUAGAAUCCCGCCAUGGACGACGGCAUCGUCCGGAGAGCGGCGUGCCGUACGAGGAAGGUGUCCUCGGGGUUCCUCGCAGCUAACGUUAGCCAGCAUGAUGGCGAGACGGUCAACGUAGCGUUUCCCCGGGAAGCGCAUCUUCCGGCGGGUGGACUGAGCGCCGCAGCCCGGCUGGUGGAGCGGAGGAACUCCGCGCCGCAGGUGGUGCACCAGAGACACAUGCCGAUGGAGCCUAAGAAGUUCCACAUCCCGAGGAAAACAAAGGAGCAGAGAGCUCUGUUCCAGCUUGUCUCCAUGGAGUCCAGAGAAUAUGAAGACAUGAAGAGCAUCCUGACCUCCAGCUACAUCGACCAAAACUCUGCCGGCUGCUUCACCUACAGCAGACCUCGGCUCGUGCACAGCGAGCUGCUGGAGAAGGAGUUUGUGGAAAAGAGGAAGGAGUUGAAGGCUGAGGGGAGAACAGAGAAGGAGCUGGAGGAGAGCUACUGCUUCCUGUUGGCAAACUCUGAGGAGCUGCCCUUCCUCUGCGAAAAGGGCCUGACAGUAGAUCACAGCGCCGUCACGCUUCUGGGGAACCCCAGUAAAGGUGUGUAUCUGUCCAAGUACUCGGAUCUGCUCCAGACGAGUCCUUUAACGUCCGGAGCUUCAGGAGAGAUCAUCAUCUUCAAAGUGAUGAAGGGAAAAGUGAAGAGUAUCUAUGAAAACAUGAAGAAUCUCCUGGACCCGACGCCUCGCUUUGACGCCCACCUCGCAAAGAAUGCCAGCAAAGUCACCUCACUCACCUGUUAUCGCGCCUUUGAGCUCACACAGCAUUACUUUUAUGAAUACUCCUUUGACGAACUGCGACCUCGACCUCGCCACGUCUGUCCGUACGCCGUGGUCUUCUUCCAGGUCAAAGGAAAAGAUGCUCCAGCUCCCAGCAAACCUUUGGCCCCUGGCAGCAGGUCGAUCAGUCGCCCCACAGGCAGGACGGAUGAGUCCUGCCAGUUCACUGUGUGGACCGGAGAGCUGGUGAAGAAGGAUCAGGUCCUCCUGCAGAUCUCCCUUCGCUCCGGCUCUUCUCCCUUUCUGCCCCACAGACUGCCAGAAAAGCUACAAAUGAGGAAUUUAAUGAGGAUCGAUCAUGUGACCAAGAUCCUGCCCCCCCACCUUCUAAACUACAACUCGUACAGCGGCAGCAGAGAAGUCGUGAGCAACGGUUUUUACUGCAGCCUGCUGGAAGUGACCGGCAGGAACCGGUCAAUAUCCAGCGUGACAACGCUCCUUCAGGAACUGGAGAUUAACAGAGUGGUUCUGGUGAGUCCACUUUCAGAAAGAGGCUUUUUGCUGCUGCUGUCCAGCGUUCAGAUGGCGGCGCCUGAUGACAGAAGGGAGAACUGGAAGAGGCGUCUUCAUGCUUUGUUUAUUUUUCAAGAAACCCGGGAUGUUACCAAGUUCACAUCCCGGUGUGACCCCUCCACACAAGAGUCCUCAUGGUCCCACCCCCCCAUCAUGCCGCAUCUGAAUGCAUUCAUUCCAGCGUUGCAUCACGCCCUGGUGAAAGUCAGGGCUAACCGCCCCUCCAAUCUGUCUGCUGGUGUGGAGCACCAGAUUCAAGAAUACUUCAGCGGCCUGAAGGACGGCAGCGUUCGUCAGCACUCUAUGAGUGAGUAUGACUCCAUUCUGGACGAGGAGGGUAAAAGCCUCCCCCCGCCCAAACACCAUCAGUUCAGCAGGGACAGCUACCUGCACUCCUACCUGUCCGGGCCAGACCUCUACCUCCUGCCGCUCGUCCAGGCCAAGCACGCGGUGGAGGCUCACCGUGGUCCUGAGCCGCCGCAGGAUCCGAGGUCCCGGGACCGCCACAACGCAGCAGGGAGGGGGGUGCAGGGUAGCAGUGACCACAGGGUGCAGCAGCUGUUAGACCUGGUGAUGACCUGCAAAAGGAACGCAGAGAAUGAGCUGAGGUGGGAGAAGGGCGAGGGCGGCGGCACUCCAGAGAAGAAGAGGAAGUUGGAGCAAGAGACGGCAGAGCGAGCGCUGAAGUACUUCAAAGCUUCGCAGGAACCUGAAAAGCUCAACAGGACUCCAGGAAGCAAAGCCCCCCCCGCCCCGCUGUCACUCUCAUCUGUGAUGCAAUCCUUUGGGUUACAGGACGUUGAUUUGAGGGGAAACGGGUCCAAACUCACCGCUACCCUGAUCGGCCAGCUGAGAGAUUCCAGACCUGGUGUCUUUGAAGCAGCGCCCCUCUGUGGUCUUUGUGGGAAUUGACUCGCUGAACGACAUUCGGAACAGCAGCUGGACAGAGCUCUUUGUUUCCGGAGGCUGCAUCGUCUCCGAUGAGCUGCUCCUAAAUCCAGACGCCAUCACCUGUGAUGGUCUGGCUGCUUUGCUGCAGCUCCUGGAGCAGCACAGCUCUCCAGAGAGUCUCUGGAGGUGGAAGAUUCACUGCAAAACCCAGAAGAAGCUGAAGGAACAGGCCAGGUUUCGCAGAGAUGCUGCUAACCUGCUUGAUCUGUUGUCGGCCUAUCAGAAGCGGCAGGUGGUGGAGGUCCUCCCAUACCAUCACUGCGAUGUGGUGAACAUGCGGUCACCUGACCUGGACUGUCUGCUGCAGCUCCAGGCGCAGCAUAUGCAGUUCCGGCACAUGGUCUUCCUCACAGAACAACCCGUCGAUCAGCCCUCCCUGUACUCCAGCGGGGGGAUUAUUGUGGCAAAUGUGGAGGAAACUCUGCAGAGCCUCAGCAGGCUGGUCAGCCGCCACAACCCCAAGGACAAAUGUUUGUUACUGGAGGACCUGCUGGCUCCUACAGGUCUCUGUAAGCAGAACAUCGAUCUGGACUCGGUUUCUGAAUGUUCAGCCAUCCCAGAACCACCCAACCAACUGCAGGGCAUCAGCAACCCCCCACUCCCCUGCUCCCCUCCUGCAUCUGACCAGCUUGUCCCGGAUUCUGCUUCCAAAGAGCCACCCCCGGUGACGACCAGUAGAGACAUGGAGUUCCUGCAGCAGGCAAUCAGGGAGCUGAGGGCGGAGCGUCAGGAGCAGCUGAGGCGGCUGCAGUCCAACGCAGAUCACCCCAAAUCUGCUAAACCCAUCAACGGUCACGACACCCCUUCCCUGCCCCCCCCCAUCCCAAAUAGGACGGCUGUGAAGUCGCCCCCUUCCAACCUCCCGCUGCUGUCGUGUGAUCAGGGAAGGGGUGCUGAAGGAAACUGUACUGCAAACACAGAGGACCCCUCUGACCCCCCACCCUGCCAAAACGCAGCCGCAGUCCUGCAGAGUGAAGCAGGGGACGAGCAGAGGGAGGAGUCUGCAGAAGGAGGCGGAGCCACCAGCGGUCCAGCAGAGGGGGACAUUUCCCGGGAAGUGGUGUCUCUCCAAGACACAGCUGUCAGCAGAAGUAUCUCAGCGGAACCGACGCCGUCCAACAGUGCCCCAUCUGUCGUCACCAUGGAGACGGAUGAGAUAAAUAACAGUCAUCCAGCCCAGCAGCCCCCUCCUCACAGCCAGCUGCGGCAGCGCAGUGUCAGCCUCCUGCAGACCCCUCACCUAUCCCAAGUCUACACCCACAUUUUCCCACCGCGCCCCAUCCUGGACCCCCGGACCAACAUGAGAGCAAUGAGAGGCUAUAUGCGCCCCACGCAUCUCUGGCCAGAUGCAGGCUCUCCACUGAUCUGGGGCUUUCAGCAAACUAGGAUGGAGUACCUCGGAGGGUACUACGGCUCCGGGGGGGGACACGUGUACCGGGGAGGACGAGGGGGGGGCUUCAGUGGAAUUUAGAAGAGCAGGUGAACCAGCACAUGUAAUGAGAGCACUGCCGAUAUGUCCAAUCACGUAGCGGGGGGAUGUAGACAGAAGACCCAGAGCAGCUCUGUGUUAAAUUCAAACAUGUCUGCUGUGACGCAGAGUGGGCGGGACUCCAGAAAAAUGUCAGAUGAUGAAAGAGAGAGACUUCAAUGUCCUGCUCUGCAGUCGGCUGCUCUGGCGCUGUUAAUAAACCCUCAAGCAGCAAUGAAGUUGUGAGACCUUUGACUCA